AUGGACGCCGACAUGACAUCCCCAGCUCCUGCAGCCAUCCCCGACACCAUUCUCCGCGAUCACUUUACUUCAAAGCCUCGACGCGAUGACAAUUACACUUACGCGACAUCAAUCCACAUCAAGUCCAAAGCCCAAGCCACAGCAUUUGCGCGCACAAGCUACACCCAGCCUCCCAAGCGCACCCUCGCCAUCUGGAUCAACAGCACCGUCAGCGGUGACCUGCGCAACGAACCCUGCGCCAUAGCAGUCGGCUACAACUCACCUACAACUGCUGACUGGACCGCCCAAGUCACCAUCGCACACUACACCAGCGCAAACGAAGCCAUCCUAUUAUCCAUCGGCGAAGCGCUCCGCGUAGCCACGUCUCCCAAGAUAACUGAGCACGUCGACCGCGUGCUCAUCUUCUCAGAUGUGCAACGCGUCCUCAAGAGUAUGAGACAGGGCCAUCCGUUCGGGUUGGUGAGGGAUAGAUGGCUUGUAGACGAUAUACCCCAUCUUACCAAACAACUAGCCGAGAAGAGCGUAGAAGUGGAGUUUCACUGGUUGCCUCCUCUCUCCAGGAUAGAGCCUCACCAACGCAUGCGUCAAGCCUCGCAGCGGUUCAAGAAGCUUGCUUUAACUGAGUACCCGCCGGAGUUACUCGAUCGGAGCGUUAGUUUUCCAGCUGUGAGACUGGACGGGGAACUCGUCACGGGAGGUGCGGGGGAAGACUUCGUGGGUGGUUGGCUAGGCGCUGCGCUGAAGGAUGUAAAGGUUCUGCCGCGAAGGGAGCUAAGUCGUGACCUGAGGGUUCAGGCUAGGCAGGCUAUUAACCAGAGGAGGAAGGAGAGGAAGGAGAAGGCGAGGGCGAGGAGGAUUAAGGAUGGGACAGAGAGAGAUAUCAGGAAGCUUGAGAAGGAGAUGAGGAAGUUGAUUCGUAAGAAUGAAAUGGAAGCUGAGAAGCAGGAUGUGCUGGGUUUGGCAGGUGACAGUGAGAUGAAGGUUGAGGAGCAGGAAGUACUGGGUUCGGCGUGUGGCAGUGAGAUGGAAGUGGAGGAGCUGGAAGUUCUGGGUUUGGAAGAUGAGAGCGAGGCGACGACACACGAGCUUGUGGGAAAGAUUGAGGGGCAGGAGAGGCAAUGUAUGCUCGUGGAGGAGUUUGAGAACAUGGGUUUGGUUUGA